CAGUCAGGUAUCUUCCUCGCGCUUCCUCUCUUUACUCUCUCCUUACCUCAGACUCAAAAUUGACAUCACAUAUCACCAUAUUACACAUUGUGGCAUAUAGGCGAAUCCCCCAGAUGCUUUAGCAGGCAUACAGAAAAAGAAGAAGACAUUACAUAUCGCGCGGUGGAUAGAGAUAGAGAGCAAAAUGGCGGCCGAAUCAAAAGUCUCAUUCCGCUUCGCUCUCGUCACCGGACGAUGGUGACCGGCGGUGGCAGCCUCUCUCAUUCCGUAGCGAGAUGCUAUUCCGAUGCCAUCGCGCAUACGUACUACAUACACCAAGUGCAAUCGGUAUAUAAGAAUGACGCGCGUGAAAUAACGAAUCGCUCCGAUUGCGGCAGUCAGCAGCGGAUUCCUACAGCUAGAGCCAGAGACCGGUGGGUCGGGAGGGAGGGAGGGAGGAAAAGGGAUAAAUACACUGCGCCUCUCAAAUUACUAAUCGGAAUAUUUACUCUGGAGAAUUUUGAAUUUCCGUAACGGCCAGAUAUGUGACGUGACGUCACGUGCUGCUAUCUUCUUCCUCUACUCCACUUCUUCGUGCGAAGCCCCUCGUGUGUAAAUAAAUCGUGCGGAACGAAAAGCUACCUGGCUGGAGUAAUUCUCGGAGUAAUCUGGACGUCUUUGACGCACUGCGUGCUAAUUGAAAUCUCUCAUUUGCAUAAAUGUCGCGCUGAUGACAGAUCUACCUGAUUCUAAUCGGGAUUCCAGAUAUUGCACAAUACACUCGCGACUGAAUCACGAUGGAGGACGCGAAUGAGGUUCUGGUAUGCGCGGCCGAAUUCAUAAAAGAUCGAUUGUAUUUUGUUACAUUGAGAACAACAAUGAAACCAAAAAGUACUCCGAAUACACAUUACUUCAGCAUUGACAAUGAAUUGGUGUAUGAAAAUUUUUAUGCCGAUUUCGGUCCUCUAAACCUGGCUAUGCUAUAUAGGUAUUGUCAGAAAGUGAAUAAAAAAUUGAAAGGCAUUGCACUCAGCAAAAAGAAACUUGUGCAUUAUACGACGAUGGAUUCAGAGAAAAGAGUGAACGCUGCCUUUCUCAUGGGAAGUUAUGCGAUAUUGUACUGCAAACGCACGGCACAAGAAGUUUACGAAUGUUUAACUAAAAGUCCAAAUAAUCCUGCAUUCAUCAUGUUCCGUGAUGCCUCCAUCGGACCACCAUGCUAUCAAAUAUCGUUAAGGGACAGCCUAAGUGCUAUAUACAAGUGCCAUCAACUGGGUUUCUUUAAUUUCGAAGAUUUCUGUGUUAAAGAGUACGAAUACUUUGAAAGAGUUGAGAACGGAGAUUUAAAUUGGAUCGUUCCAGGAAAAUUUAUUGCUUUCUGCGGACCACAUGCAAGAUCUAAGAUGGAAGAUGGAUAUCCACUGCAUGGUCCGGAAUCAUAUUUUACUUACUUCCGCCGUAAUAAUAUAACAACAAUUGUACGGCUCAAUAAAAAGGUUUACGAUGCGUCGAGCUUCACCGAUGCCGGCUUUGUACAUAAAGAUUUAUUUUUUAUGGAUGGCUCGACGCCGACAGAUUCAAUAAUGCAUCAAUUUCUCAAAAUAGCGGAAAGCGCAAACGGCGCGGUCGCCGUUCAUUGUAAAGCUGGCCUCGGCAGGACGGGUUCCCUCAUAGGUUGCUACAUUAUGAAACAUUAUCAUUUAACUGCCCACGAAACAAUUGCUUGGAUAAGAAUAUGCAGGCCAGGUUCUGUAAUUGGUCACCAACAACAGUGGCUAGAGAAAAAGGAAACAUAUCUCCGAUCGUUGCUGAAGGAACCUCUGCAAUCUGAGGACAGAAAAAAAGUCCACGAGUAUGGGAUAUAUUCGAUAGCCGGUAGACCCAAAGCAGCUUCCUUCCAGGGGAACACGAAGGCUUUGAUGGAAGAUAAUGUAUCAGGAAUUAUGCAUCGCGUAGACGAAAUAAAAUUAGAUGAUCCUGGACCGGCGGCUGGAGCCAGCUCUACGAAUAGAUACAGUAUGUUGACCCAGGGUGAUAAAUUAUGCAGAAUCAAAGCUAAGAGAAGAGGCAUACCGACGUCUCAAGCUUCUCUUAAUGCGAACACAGGAACGUCCACUGUUGGGCAUCCAUAUUUGGGAUCUCUGUUACAAACCAGGAGCCAAAAAGUUACUACUUUAGUGGCCAAUAAAGAAAGAGAUCCCACUAAAAGACUUUUAUCACGCUCUACUGCAACAACAGUGAAGAGAAACAAUUGGUUGGUCAGCAGUAGCUGUGAUCCAUCUUCCUGCCGUAUUAGGUCUAAACCGUCAACACAGAGCCAUAGCAUCAACAACAAUACAACUACCAUCAGUCCUGUUACGUCCUUAACUGUAUCGAAGCCAGUGAGAAGAGCAAAACGUACCUCCUGCAUGGCUGUGCAGGCUCAUACCACAAAUUCGCCUGCCAAUCAUGCGAUACCGCAGCCGCAGCAACGCAUGAAUAUGAUCCUCAGGUCGGCAGAUCGAGUUACUCGUUAUUCACUCAGGCAUGCACGCACAACAAAAAGUUAUAAAAGUGCAUUUAUCAGAUGACUAACCGAUAUUCCCAGUGUCGUUGGGGAUGAGGAUUGUCAGAUAACCGGAGCAUCUCACCAGCGUCGAAGAUCUCAUCGCUUAAACCCCAUCAUUUAGUAAAAAAUACUUCACACUGACACCUUCAAUCCGAGUCUUCAAGUCAAGUGAGUUUUGCCCAGGCUUUUAUAUCGCAAAUCAAUCAAGAAGAUCAAACUUUCUAUCUUUACAAUUUCUCAUCAAUACUGCAUUUAUUAAUAAAUGGUUUUGUUAUAUAUUUGCAUCAUACAUGGAAUAUGAAUUUGUUGCAAUGAUAUUUAAUAUACAGCUCACAAAAAGCUUUUAUAAUUGUUCUGUAUUGCGAUAUAUUAUAUAUUGAAUGUAUGCAAAAAAAGAAUCAGGUUUUUUCUGCGAAGAUUAUUUAUCCAUUUAAUCUUUUGCUUAGCAUUAGCACCUUUAUAGAUACGUAUUUUCAAAAUUAUUG